UGCCAAUCAGGUCACAGGACAGGUCACAGGUCGAAGACCAGUACCCGCAUGAGCCAAGGAAUCGCAUUACCGCCUCUCUUCCUCCUCCUCCUCACAACUCUCUCUCUAUCUGUCGUUCUCUUCAUUCUCUUUCAGUUUUGCGUCCAAUGACUCGAUCCGAAGCUUCCCUUCUCGAAACCUAAUCGUCAAGUCUGCGCCUCCCUUUGUUGAUUUUCUUGUUUCAAACGUGACAUACUCUUUUGGCCGUGGGUGUGGCAAAACUCUGUCCAGAAAGCUCUAUUCGUUAGGGUUUGGGUACUCUGCUUCAUCUCUGGGUGGGAUUGUGGUUUCACAUUCCUUUGAUGCCUCUGAAGCUUCGUUUGCAACCUCUUUGCUCCAAGUGGUGAUUUUUUUUUUUUUUCAACUUCUCACUAUUAGUGUUUCAUAUACUUUGAUGAGCUAACGGGUGGGGUUGUAUCGUUGCUGCUUAAUUGGGAGGAUUUAUCUUUGUUUCUGGGAUUUUGUGGUUGGUUCUUGUUCUAAUCCAUGGGUUUAACUAUCUCGGAUGAACUGUUAGGAACUUUUGUUCCGAUUGUUGUUUACUGGCUAUAUUCUGGCUUUUAUAUUCUUCUGGGUUUCUUUGAAAAUUAUCGGUUGCACACGAGGAAGGAAGAGGACGUUAAGAACCUGGUUUCCAAGGGUACCGUAGUCAAAGGUGUUCUUCUUCAGCAGACGGUUCAAGCUGCUGUUGCGAUAAUCUUGUUCACUGUUACAGGAAAUGGUAGUCAGGCAGCCCUAGAUAUGCAACCUAACUUUGUUGUGUUAGUGAGGCAGUUCUUGAUUGCAAUGCUGGUUUUGGAUACAUGGCAAUAUUUUAUGCAUAGAUACAUGCACCAUAACAAGUUCUUGUACCGGCAUAUCCAUUCUCAGCAUCAUCAGCUAGUUGUUCCCUAUGCUUUUGGAGCUCUUUAUAACCAUCCUUUGGAGGGACUUAUUCUAGACACAAUUGGUGGGGCCCUAUCUUUCCUCCUCUCUGGUAUGUUACCCCGAGCUUCAAUCUUCUUUUUCUCCUUUGCUACCAUCAAGACCGUAGAUGACCACUGUGGGUUAUGGCUUCCUGGGAAUCUCUUCCAUGUGUUGUUUAGAAACAACACUGCGUAUCAUGAUGUCCAUCACCAGUUCUACGGGAACAAAUAUAAUUUCUCGCAGCCAUUCUUUGUUAUGUGGGAUAGAAUUCUUGGAACCUACAUGCCUUACACACUUGAGAAGAGAGUUGGUGGGGGUUUUGAAGCACGCCCAACAAAGGAGAACAAAGUUUACUGAUUACAUGUCAGAAUACAUUGUGAGGAGAGUUCUUCUGCAUGUGAGGUGCCAACUCCUGUCCCACUUCUUGCCAUUUAAAUGGUGAAGAGGGGUAUAUAUGGAAGCAAAAGGGACACGUGAUGGCACCUAACAUGUAUGUGUAGAGGAUCCAAUUCUCUUGCUUGUCAUCACUAUUAUGUACCACUGUUAACUCCAAAGAGCUGUUUUGUUUAUAUGCGACAAUACUGUAGUAGUUGUACUUGUACAUAUAUGUUCUUGUACUCUAUUUCUUUGUUUAUAUAUAAGUUGAAAUUAAUUAUGAAUUUAA